AUGGCCUCGAAUGUCGGAAAUCGAAUCAGAUUCCUGAGUUUCGGGAAGCUUCCACAAAUCUCUGCUUCACUGUUGAGAACCCAUAAUCCUCGUAGCCUCUCUGUUCUUCUUCAUCGUCCUGUUCCUCCGCUUCAGCGUCGUUGCGUCUCUGUCGUUCAUCGUCGUACUCUUCUCUGGCUUCGCUCAUCUCCUCCUGUGUCCUCCAUGACCACUCAGGCUGAAUCUGGGGCUCCUCAACAAUCCGAUUCUUCCAAAACGGUGAGGAUGGUGAUAAAGGGAAGAGUGCAGGGAGUGUGUUACAGAAACUGGACUGUUGAGAAUGCAGAACAGCUCGGGAUAAAGGGAUGGGUCAGGAACCGCAGGGACGGUUCAGUGGAAGCACUCUUCUCUGGACCAUUACAAGCUGUCGAAGAGAUGCAGCAGAGGUGCCGCCGUGGCCCUCCUACAGCUAUGGUUACUGGAUUGGAGGCUUUUCCUUCCACUGAAGAACCGGGAACAAGUUUUGAAUACAGAUCAACUGUCUGA